AUGACUGAGGUGUUGCUUCCUCACCCUGCCCUUGCGCCGUUCUUGCCAGCAAUCAUAGUUCACGCUUUGUCACUCGCAGUUGAGCCUUGUGAAGGUUCGGUUUCUCCGACAGCAGCCAGUUGCUGCAGCAAGGCGCUUUGUGCUGUAGCGAGAGCUGCGGCUGGCAUCGCCACUGUGGAUUAUCGUCGAGCCUCUCCAGACGAAGCAGUUGCGGUGCUUUGCAGUGCAUUCCCUCGCGUUGGCGCUGCUGCGCCUUUCGAUCAUGAAAGCAAGGAGUACUGGCUAUGCGCCCUGGUGGACACCUUAUGCAUGUUCCUUCGGCUGCCCAAUGCAGAAAUAGGACCAAGAGAGAUUGCAACUCUGUGGAGCCGCUUGGUGGUCAGGCCUGUUUUUGGCCUCUCAGUGUCCUUUGCAGCUGGCCAGUACUUCAAGUUGGCGUUCCUUGCUCAGCCAUCCCCUUCUGGAACAAUUUUGGCUCCUUUUCUGGCGGCUCCAAACCCACCGCACGAGAUCACCUUGGCGUUCUUGUCUCUCUACCGGCCUGCAUGCCUUCAGGAAGAACAUCCACCAACACCUCCGAUCCGCCUGUUCCCGCAGGUUGCUAGUGAUCCCCAGGAACCAGAUCUUGGGCUGACACAUUCUCCGCCCCGCCUGCCGCAACCCUUGCGACAUUCAUUGAGCUCUGAUGACAACGAGAACUUUUUAGACCUCGGGACUGGCACCUCCUUGGUAAAGGCUGCAGCUAGUGCAGGCAUCACAAUGUCUGACCCCUCUACAUCCGUUCCACGAAUGCGCUUGGAUCGAGUCCAGGCAGCAAUGCAAAGUUCUCAAGGCUCUGGGCUGCUCGGCGAGCUUACUGUUUAUGAUGCCACAGAGCGCCGCCUGUGGGAUGAAUUCGAUGAGCUCGGUAGAAUCGAUGAUACUGAAGCUCUUCGACAGAGAGAUGAAGCUGCGCACCGAUGUCUGGCGGCGUUGGACCGUGAGAUAGACGCAGUUGGUCGGGCAGGAAGGGAACUUCCAUCCGCCUUGACAGAGGCAAGGGCAAAGUUCUCCUUGCUGUGCCAGCUUGCGGAGGAAGGUGCAGCUACAAAGGCUGCCCAACGAAUCAGCCGUGUAGAGAAGUCCUUUGCCAAAGCGGAGGAUGAUCUAAUAGCUGCGACCUCUUCUCAUCGCCGAUCUUUGGCCUGCUGCCGCAGACAAGGUCAAGCCCCUCCAGCUUCGGAGGCUGUCUCGGCAGCGCGUGCAACUUUGACCCGUGUGCAUUUGGAACUUGUGAAGGAGAUACGGCUGGCAGCGCAAUUUGCCCAGCUGGGUUUGGUCGAGAUUACUGGCCUCCCUGGCUUUGCGCGAGCCAUCCGGGCUGCUGGUCCAGUGCAUGCGGAUCCACUGCUAGAAAGGCUCCUGCGCCACAGCCGCUGGUGUGAUCAACAGGCCAACUGGGAUCCUGUGGAGGAUCCUGUACCAGAAAAUCAGGCUCCCGCAAUUAUGGCCGGGGGGAAGUUGACGAACCUGGCUAAUGCCGAGGCAAUGCUGGAGAACUUGGAACUUACAACUGUCGACCAAAGAAGUGGUAUUUCUUCCAUUGGAAGCUCUGGAAGACACAAGUUGGUACAAAAAGCUGCCCAGGCAGUGGUUCUCAAGCAUUUUGUGGCUGAAGAGAAGGAUAGCUGCUUACAAGAGGUCAGGGCUUUGCAGAAGCUGAAGGAUCACCCAAAUGUCAUCAAGUUGCUGAAGGCUAUGAAGUCUGGAGAUGGCAGCAUUUAUUUGGAGCUGCCUUUAUGCGCUGGUGGCAGCAUGCUUCAGUGGUGUGAGAAAUUUGGCCGUGCUGUGAUCCAAGGGGAUCCUGACACCUUCGUGAGGUGCUUGUCCAUAUGGAGGCAAAUAUGGCAGGCAAUCGGCUAUUUGCACAUGGAUGGUGUAUGGCAUGGUCGUCUAACACUUGAUACAAUGCUCCUGACAGCGGAGCAGCGUCCGAUCUUGACUGACUUCAGGUGCAGUGUGGUGGCUGGCCAGUCAGGGCAGAGGUUGUCACCGCCGCCAGACUAUGCUGCUCCUGAACUUGAGGCCAAGGCUUUGGCUCCUACAGCUGCCAGCGAUGUUUACUCGGGUGGAGUAGCAAUGGCUAAGGCUUUCAUGGGGCUGGAUUUGCAGGUUGCAUCUUGCCUGUACCAUCCGACUAGGGGGGCAAAGAUCUUUGCCCGAAGAGCGUACCGAUGUGGAUGUGGCUGA